AUGCCUUACCUCUAGCGGGCCCCAGGGCCUCAGGUGCCCCCCGCCCCCAAGGAUGCCUGCAUCACCCACUCCUCGGGCCAGAGCUUGGAGGAGCUGAGGUAGGCAUGUCUGCAGAAGGGCGUUCUGUUUGAGGAUGCAGACUUCCCAGCCAACAGCUCCUCUCUCUUCUAUAACGAGAGGCCCCAGCUCCCCUUCGUGUGGAAAUGGCCGGGGGAAAUAGUGAAAAGCCCAGAAUUCUUUCUUGGAGGGGCCACCAGGACAGACAUCUGCCAGGGGGAGCUUGGCGACCGCUGGCUGUUAGCUGCCGUUGUCUCCCUUACGCUUAAUGAAAAAGCACUGGCUAGAGUUGUCCCCCAGGACCAAAGCUUCGGCCCGGGUUAAGCAGGGAUAUUCCACUUCCAGUUCUAGCAGCCCAGCCAGUGGCUGGACCUGGUGAUCGCUGACCGGCUGCCCACCUUCAGGGACCGCUUGGUCUUCCUGCACUCCGCCAACUGCAGCGAGUUCUGGAGCACCUUGCUGGAGAAAGCCGACGCUAAGCUGAACGGGAGCUACGAGGCUCUGAAGGGGGGCAGCGCCAUCGAGGCCACAGAGGACUUCACCGCGGGCGUGGCAGAGACCUUCACAACCAAGGAGGCUCCCGGGAACUUCUCUGAGAUUCUAGACAAGGCCUUAAAGAGGGGCUGUCUGGUGGGCUGCUCCAUUGACAUCAGAAAUGCUGCAGAAUCUGAAGCCCGGACACCUUUUGGUCUCAUUAGCGGUCAUGCCUACACAGUGACGGGCAUUGACCAGGUAAACUUCCGAGGCCAGCAAAUAGAGCUCAUCAGAGCCCGGAACCCUUGGGGCCAAGUUGAGUGGACUGGGUCCUGGAGUGACAGUUCUUCUGAGUGGCAUUCCGUUGGCCCAGCCGCGCAAAAGCGCCUGUGCCACACUGCUCUGGAUGAUGGGGAGUCCUGGUACGAAAGGGACAUCAAAUUCAAGAAGCUAAGCCUGACUUCCUGUAAAAACAUCAUUUCUCUAAUGGACACCAGUGGCAAUGGGAAGCUAGUGUUUGGUGAAUUCAGAGUGUUCUGGGACAAGCUGGAGAAGUGGACAAACCUUUUCCUUCAGUUUGAUGCUGACAAAUCUGGCACCAUGUCCUCCUACGAGCUGCGGACCGCCCUGAAAGCCAUGGGCUUCCAGCUCAGCUCUCCCCUCUUGCAGCUGAUCUUUCUCAGGUACACAGACCAGGAGCGCCAACUGGGCUUUGAUGACGUCCUCAACUGCCUGGUCCGGCUGGAGACUGCAAGCCAUAAGUGUCCAGGGGGGCUGCGGAUGUUCCAGGCCCUCGGCACGAAGAACAAGGAGUUCAUUCAUCUCAACAUAAACGAGUUCAUCAUCCUGACAAUGAACACUUGA